CCAUUCUUCGAAGUUCUAACACUACAAUUUCUCCCAUUUCUAUUCCCAAAACAACACAAAUCAAGCAAAAUACAUACAAAUCAUGCAAACACCAACACAAAUACAAAAACCAACACCAAUAAUCCCUACAACCAAAACUACCAAUAUUCUUCAAAAAUCCAUCUCCAAUUCAAACUCAUUCCACCUUCGUUCCCCAAGCCUCAACUCUCUCCGUCUACGUCGAAUAUUCGACUUAUUCGACACAAACCACGACUCUUUUAUAACCGUAGACGAGCUCACACGUGCCUUGUCUCUUCUAGGCCUAGAUACCAACACAUCCGACUUAGAAACCAUCAUUAAAUCCUACGUACAACCCGGAAACACCGGUCUGAUGUACGAUGAAUUUGUCAAGUUACAUAGAUCAAUAAAUGACAUGUUUUUUGGUUGUGAUGAUGUUGUAGAACUUAUAGGAAGCAAAGAAGAACAAGAAGAGGCGGAUUUGACCGAAGCGUUUAAGGUGUUUGAUGAAAAUGGUGAUGGAUUUAUUUCGGCUAAUGAGUUGCAAAUGGUUCUUGGGAAACUUGGGUUUAGUGAAGCUAAUGAAAUGGCUAGAGUUAAGAUGAUGAUUUCUUCGGUUGACUUGAACCAUGAUGGACGCGUUGACUUUUCUGAGUUUAAAGACAUGAUGCGUGUUCUUCAAUAAUACCACACCUUAAUUUAUCGAAAAUAAUAAUAACAUUUCUUCAAAAGUAUUUUAUGUGUUUUUUUUUUUUAAUUAAGAACUUGGGUAUAUAUUUCAUCUUGUUUUUGAGAACUUUCCUUUUUAUUUACCUGUAUUUGUAUUUACUCUUGUUUUCUAUAGAUUACUUUUUGUUUUCUUUUUCCCCUAUCUUUUUGGAUCUUUGUAUCAAUAAUGAAUAUUUGUUAAAGGAAUAUCAGAAAUAUCACUAGAUGAGAAUAAUUUGUGAUUUAA